GUUUGUUUUCUGUCGAUACUGACUUUAAUGCUUUUGUUUUGCUGUUGAAUGUCAGUAAAUCUGAAAACAGUAAAUGGUGUGCACGAAGUUACCAAAUUGAUACAAAUACCAUGAAUAUUUUUCGGAAAACAGCUAAAAUAUUGUAUAUUAAUCAACCGUACUAUGUACCAGCAAUUCUGCCCAGCCUGACCCGACGGUUAUGUAGUAAUAUUCCGGAAUCAAACGAUAAAGUGCGAGUUCGUUUUGCACCCAGCCCAACCGGUUUUAUGCACCUUGGGGGACUAAGGACUGCCCUGUUCAACUAUUUGUUUGCUAAAUCUCACGGAGGGAAAUUUAUUUUACGGAUAGAAGACACCGAUCAGGAAAGAUUAGUGGAAGGUGCAAUGGAACGUAUCUAUCAGGACUUGAAAUGGGCGGGUAUCAUACCAGACGAGAGUCCGUGGAACGAAGGACCGCACGGACCGUAUGUUCAGAGUUUGCGCUACGACAUUUACAAACAAGAAGUCAAAAAGCUGAUGGAGGAUGGGCGAGCAUAUUAUUGCUUCUGUUCUGAACGACGGUUGGACCUUUUGAGGAAGGAAGCCGUUCGGCUUCGUCAGAUACCAAAGUACGACAAUAAAUGUAGAGACUUGACGCCGGCUCAAAUUGCCGAACGACUGGCUAAGAAUGAUAAAUUUUGUAUUCGUUUCAAACUGGAUUCAAAGGCAGAUGAAUUUCAGGAUAUGAUCUACGGAAAGAUUGUCUACUUCUUGGCACAAAACGAGGGCGAUCCGGUUAUAAUCAAAUCGGACGGUUUUCCGACGUAUCAUUUUGCCAACGUAGUGGAUGAUCACUACAUGAGAAUAACGCACGUGUUACGCGGGGUAGAAUGGCAGAUAUCGACUCCGAAGCACAUACAAAUAUUUCAUGCAUUUGGCUGGAGACCGCCACAGUAUGCGCACCUGCCACUAGUGAUGAAUCCGAACGGGUCCAAGUUGAGCAAACGACAAGGCGAUGUUCAGUUGGAUUACUACCGCAAAAGGGGAAUAUUUCCGCAGGCACUGCUGAAUUUUAUCACUCAAAGUGGUGGCGGUUUUGACCGAGAACUGAUAGAUGUUGCUGGAGCGCAGAUGAGCGAUCUUAUAAAGCAUUUCGAUAUCGGCAAAAUAAAUGCUCAUUCUAGUCGGUUGAACGCGGAUCUGUUGACACAAUGCAAUCGGGAAGAGAUCAUGUAUCAGUUGAAGAAUUCGCCCGGCCAGGCGGAAGCGCUGGUGCAGGAAGUUAUUCGUUUGGUGCGAACUGAAUUCAAAGAUAAUGGAAGUUUAGAUCUAGACGAGAAGCAUGUUCGAGAUGUGCUGGAAUGGUCCGUCACGAGAAUCGAUGCCUUGCAGGACUUGGUGAAGGGAAAGUUGUCCUUUAUUUGGGUAUUGCCGCAAAGGUCAAAAGAUGCAUCGGUCGAUAAUGAUACACUUAAGGUUUUAGCGAAAAAUCUUGGUUCCGAAGAAGACAUCGAAUUUACCAAAGCUGAAAUUAGUGUGUUCCUUAAAGCUUUUGCUGAACGCAACCGGAUUGCGUUUGAGCUUCUGAUGAAAUCAUUGCGCAACUGUCUUAGUGGACUCAAAGAGGGCCCGGGUGUUGCGGAAAUGAUGGAAAUAUUGGGACGUGACAAAACAGUAGAACGCAUUCUUUUGGCCACCAAGAGGAAAUAG